AUGCAUUCUUUUUGGUUUAUCUCCUCCUUGAGCUUCUUUUUUCUUCUCACUUUCAUCUGCACAAACUCCUCAUCUACUCCAUCAUCCACUGUUUCAUACUCUGAUCAUUGUUCUUCCUUUGUCCCCGAGUCGACCACCACUUCUCGUAUUCUCCGACCCUCGGCGCUUAGUAUCAUGUCAUCAUACUUCACAGGUGGAAACAAACUCUUGGCCCCCAAAGAAGGGAAUCAAACCUAUUACUUGUCGGGAAAGUUUCUCAAGCUCAGAAUCCUGCCAAAUUACUAUCAAACCACAACACAAGGUGUCUAUAAGGUGGAGGCAGUUUUAAAUAUCCUGUAUCCAAAUCGAUAUUUGCACAACCACACCACCUCCACCUUUGCUGGAUCCUCUUAUUACAACGGCGGAGUUUCUCUGGCUCGGAGAUCGGUCAGGUUUUUGUUAACCGGCUACUGGUCCGAAAUCUCCAGAAGGCUUUGUUUGGUUGGAUCUGCUUCUCGGCCGGUUGACGGGUUCAGGAUUGUCAAUCUUGAAGCUGUUCUCAAGCUCAACUAUGCCAGUGAGAAUCCUGAUAUUUACACUGGUGUAGUUAGUGGGACUCUCAAGAGUACAAGUCCUGUCAAUGAUCCUGCAUACUUUAAUCCGGUUUUUAUAUUCACUUUUCCUGAGCUUUCAAACUAUAAUUAUUCUCUGGUUUCAAAAAUAUCUGGUGGUGGGUAUUCUCCUGAUACGCAUCGAAUCAAGUUAUGCCGGACGUUUAGGUCUGUCUUGGAGAUGCAGUAUGAAAAGGCUUCCCAUUCCCUGCUCGGGCAGUCUUCUGGUUUUCUGGCUCUAACCCCGUUCCAAUGUUCUUGGCACGAAGAAAAGAUAAGAUUCUUGGCCUUUUUACAAAACGUAAGUUACGUCAAUCAAGAAUUCGGCAUUGACUCGACCUUCAUUGGGGAGGCUUCGUGGGACGAUAAGAACAAUGAGCUGUCCGGCAUCGCAUGUCGCCUCUUGAACCCGGAUACUCAGUUGGGCCGUGCAGUAGGGGAUUGUACCAUGGGAUUGAGCCUCAAGUACAACACGGUCUGGACUAUCAGAAGUGAACCGAAAGUGGUCGGUCAAUUUUCGAGCACCAAGAGUGCUCAAAACUCCGGUUAUUUUGGUAAGGUUAACCUCACAAGUUUCGACCUUGUAGAUUUCCCGGACCUGAGAUACAAGUAUAUCGAACUAGGCCGAGCGAAAAACUUAUGCCCCGUUAAUAAGCCCGUGAAGAAAGGUAGUGUCUAUCCACUUGGGCUUUCGGAAGAUAUGAGAUUCGACUUGUAUGCUGUAAAUUCUAAAGGCAAAGAGAUUGCGUGGGGCUAUGCUAAACCUAUUUCUAUUGGAAAUAAUUUGUUCGACAGGAGCCGUAUGGUUUUUUUAGCAGACACGAUCGCGCCAGAGUCCGCCCCUGAAAUUUCUAGCUCUGCGAGAAAUGCAGACAUCGCUCCUACCAAUAUCAGCUACAAUAUAUUCAUCCAUGCAUAUAAGGCUGAGAUUCGUAAUUUGUUCCCGAAUCUCAAUCUAUCUGUGGACUCUCAGCACAGAUUGGGUAUCACUGCUGAGGGAACAUAUUAUGCCAAAACGGGGUAUCUCUGCAUGGUGGCAUGUGGCCAAUUGACGUCAUACGGGGGAAAUACAAGUAUGACUUCUACCUCCAUGGACUGUGAGAUUUUGGUGAAAUUUGUGUUCGCUCCUCUAAAUGACAAAAAGGGUGGCCGUAUUAAAGGGGUGAUAGAAAGCACACGGGGGAAAUCGGACCCUCUUUAUUUCAAGGACUUGAAAUUGUCAUCCGCUGCAUAUUACGGGGAAGAGGCUGAAAAGUCAAUAUGGAGAAUGGAUUUUGAGAUCACAAUGGUCUUGAUAUCCAACAUGCUUUUAUGUGUCUUCAUAGGGCUGCAAAUCUUGCACGUGAAGAGAAAUCCCGCGGUACUUUCUCGCAUUUCACUCGUCAUGCUUGUGGUACUUUGUCUCGGGCACAUGAUUCCACUUGUCUUGAACUUCGAUGCCGUUUUCUUGGCAAAUCACAAUAAACAGACGGUAUCCUUAAGCUCCGGCGGAUGGAUCGAGGCUAAUGAAGUAGCUGUUAGGGUAAUCACAAUGGUAGCAUUCUUGCUGCAAAUACGUUUAGCCCAAUUGGUUUGGACUGCAAAACAGGACGAAAAUAACGAGAAGGGGUCUUGUGCUGGAGAGAGAAAGUGUGUCUUUGUUACUUUAACAUUAUACGUUUCGGGCGGCCUGCUUGCUGUGGUUUGGAACAAAUGUUUCCGAAAAUACUCUGUUUGGGGGGAUUUGAGGUCGUACGUGGGCUUCAUUCUUGACGGGUUUCUCUUUCCCCAAAUUCUGCUCAAUAUAUUCGGUGGCUCGGCUGCAAAGGCUUUGGGUGAACCGUUUUAUGUCGGGACUAGUUUGGCCCGGGUGGUGCCGCAUGCUUACAAUCAGUACAGGGAACAUAAUUAUCCGGCAUAUGAUGUGAAUGGGACUUAUUACUAUGCGAAUCCAGGAGCGGAUUAUUACUCGACCGCGUGGGACGUGUUGAUUCCUUGUGUGAUUAUUGGGUUUGCAGUAAUCACUUUUGUGCAGCAGAGGAAUGGGGGCCGCUGGAUCUUGCCUCGGAGGUUUAGGGAGGUGGAGCUGUACGAGAAGUCUGCAGAAGUUUUCUUGCUCACUGUUGAGCUAGCUGGAGGAUCAUUUACUGUUUGCAUGCAUUGUCGUCGUUUUAAUGUGAAGUACGAUGAAAUCCAUGGAGAUGUAGCUUUGUGA